CCAUUAACUUCCAAAAUAGAGCGUCCUGUGGAGGCUGGACUCCCUGUUACUUGCUGCCAGCGCACUUUCGGCUGUCGCUCAAAACAACAGUUUGACGCGCCGGAAGGCUGAGGCUCCAAAGACGCACCAAAGUUACGCACAACUUUUUCUCGACACAGGCGCAUUGGCGUGUCUCCGAAGUGCGGGUGUGUGCUCAAAACAAACCUGACUCUCCUGUAACGCAGACUGAAAACUCGCAGGAAAACGAGCGAGUCCUGUCAUCUGCUGCUGAUCUGCGUAUGGGUUCUCUGUGCCUUACAACUUCCGUGUAGCAACAGUUCAUCAUCCAUCACCCCUGUACUCAAGUGCCUCCUAAUCAGCAGAGGGGAAUGAGGAUGGUUGAGAGCCUGACAUUAGUUCUACUUUGGACCUUGAGUUACAAAGCUGCUGGCCUUCACAUUCCUUUGGAAGUGGAGCAGCCACCAACCAUUGUAGCUCAUUCAGAAACUCCUGUUAUUGUGCUUCCCCUCGACAACUCUGUUACCAUCACAUGUCAAGCAAGAGGAAAUCCACCACCCACAUACAAAUGGACAAAAGAUGGAAAGGAUGUGACUUUAUCAAACAUUGCAUCAAUAGCAUCAGACCCAACAAGUGGAACUUUAAGGUUUCACAGCAUGCCCCUUCGCCAGGUUGAGGGUAAAUACAAAUGCUUUGCUUCAAACCAGCUGGGUACCGCCAUGACCGUGGACAUAGAGAUCAUAGUCUCUGCCCUUCCCAAGUUUCCGAGGGAAACGAUUCCCCCAGUUAUUGUCAAUGAGGGAGAAUCGGUCAUCCUGGAGUGUAAUCCUCCUGAAGCUGUUGCCCCACGUCAGCUCUACUGGAUGACUAUUGGUCUGGAGCAUAUUAAGCAGGAUAAGAGGGUUUCCAUGGGAACAGAUGGCAACCUGUACUUUUCUAAUGCCUUACAGAGAGACAGUCGCCAGGAUUAUUGUUGCUCUGCUGCCUUCCCCAGGAUUCGCACCAUGGUCCAGAAAAGUCCCAUGGCCCUGGUAGUAGUCAAAAGCAAUGAAGCCCCCCCAGAGAGAGCACCCAGCAUGCUGCUGCCCUCUGGUGUUCAGACAGAGAAGGUGCUGAUGAAGGGGGAGGAACUGCAGCUUGAGUGCAUAACAGCAGGACUGCCCACGCCUGAUGUAACGUGGAUGAAAAUGGGGGAAAAACUGCCGGAUCAGGCAAAACUGAGCAACUUUAACAAGACGUUGACCGUAUCUGCUGUUGAAGAGACAGAUCAGGGGAGAUACAUGUGCAAGGCGUCUAAUUCCGCUGGAGAAACUGUCCACUACUUUCAUGUGAUAGUGGAAGAGCCACCGGUGUGGCUGGGUGAUCCUCCUCAGGGUCAAAUUACUCCGGUCGGAUCUGAUGUUCAUAUUAAGUGCUCAGUUGGAGGAAAACCACCACCAGACAUAACGUGGAGAAGGAAUGGAGAAUUAUUUAGAGAUGACUCUGAGAAUAACAAGCGAGUGCUUGAUGACACUGUGGUGCUUCAUAAAGCCAAGUCGCAAGACAGCGGCGUCUACCAGUGUGAAGCCUCCAACCCUCAUGGCAGGAUUCUGGCCAACAUAAACAUUCUGGUCAUGAGCAAGCCUCCCCAGAUACUGACGAAGGACGUCCAAGAGUAUGCAGUGAUCCUGGGAGAUAACAUAGUCAUAAACUGCAGUGUUUUCAGCUCUCCUCCAGCCAGCAUUUCUUGGAUCAAAGAGGAGGCAGUCAUCACUGGGGAACGAUUUUCUACCUUUGAUAACAACCAGUCACUGAAAAUCAUUAAUGCUGAAGAAAGUGACAGUGGAAAGUAUGAGUGUGUGGUCAAAAACACAGAGGGAACAUCGAGUAUUACUGCACUUCUGGAUGUCAAAGAUCCCACCAAAAUAGUGAGUCCACCUGAAAACAAGCAGAUCAUCAUUGGGACUUCAGCUAAAUUAGUAUGCAAGGUGACGUAUGAUAAAAGUCUGGAGGGCAGCUUUGUAAUGGAGUGGAGGAAAGAUGGAGAGGAGAUCUUACUGUCGGAAGAGAACAGCUCCAGAUACAUCAGAGGUGAUCACAAUCUGCAGAUCAUGAACGUGAACCUGAGAGACCAGGGAAUGUACACAUGCAUUGCCAGAACCAGCUUGGAUGAAGUCAGAGCCACUGCCCUUAUUAUCGUGCUAGACGUUCCUGAUGCUCCAGAGAGAUUAAAGAUAAUUGAAAUCAAGGAUUCAAGGAACAUUGUUAUUUCAUGGAAGCCUGGAAGUGAUCACAACAGCUCUGUCACAGAAUUUGUAGUGGAGUAUGAGGAGAACCAAUGGGAGCCAGGGGGGUGGAAGGAGCUGAAGAGGGUUCCUGGUAACCAGGCAACAGCUGAGCUGGCUCUGUACGGAAACCUCAGGUAUCAGUUUAGAGUUUAUGCUGUUAAUGCCAUUGGGCCUGGACCCCCCAGUGAGCCAUCUGAGAGACACAACACAGACCCCACUGUACCUGACAGGAAUCCAGAAAACAUUAAAAUUCAAGGCCAUAUCCCUUACCAAAUGGAAAUCAGCUGGGAUCCACUAUUGCCGACUGAAUCCAAUGGACCAGGCCUUGAAUACAAGGUGAGCUACCGCAGACUGAAAGUGGAAGAUGCGUGGACAGAGUAUCUAGUCCAAAGACCCUCCUAUGUCGUGAAUGGGACGCCUGCCUUUGCUCCAUACGAGAUCAAAGUUCAAGCUAGGAAUAGCUUUGGAUGGGCCCCAGAGCCUAAGGUGGUCACAGGUUACUCUGGAGAAGAUAUUGUCGUGUGGCAUUGUCUGUGGGAAAAUGUGUCAGGGCCAGCCACAGCACCACAGGACGUAGCAGUUGAGGUGAUCAACACCACUGCUCUCCGAGUUAGCUGGACCCAGGUACCACCUGCUACAGUUCGAGGUCAUCUGGGGGGUUAUGAAGUUCACUGGGUGAGGACCAGAAGUUUCCUGGAUCCAGAGAAGAUCUUGAAUGAAAAGCAGUCCAUGUCUUUUCCUGGAAACGGGAGUUAUGCCAUCGUGCCAGGGCUCAAACCCUACUCAGAGUACAAACUCACUGUCAGGGUUUUCAACAGCAAGGGGAAUGGGCCCACGAGUGAUCCUGUCACCUUCAGCACUCCAGAAGGAGCACCAGGACUGCUGCCCAUCCUAACCACCUCAGACUACAAGUCUGACUCAGUCCUGCUGGUAUGGGGACCACCUCUGGCGACAAACGGCAUCCUCUCUGGUUAUCUCCUCCAGUACCACCUCUUAAAUGAGAGUACACUGGAGGUGAUUGAUUCUCACGAGAUAAACAUCACAGGAGCUGACAUCACCCAGUGGCAACUUACAGGAUUAAACUCAGGCAGCCGCUACCGCAUUCACCUCAGGGCCUGCACUAAAGCAAGUUGUGGACCUCCACUGUCCCAAGAAAGUGAGACUUUACCUGAAACAGUUCCAGCCCUGUUGAACAUAAGCUCUUACGUGAGUGACACCUUUGCCAAAAUCAGCUGGACUGCCACAGAAAAGCAGAGGGAGUUGCAGCUUUAUGUGGCUUAUAUGAAUAACCGUGAUGGUAAAUGGCACUUCUCAGAGGCUGUAAACGCUUCUCAAAGUUUCCACAUCAUUGAUGGCCUCAAACCUGGAACCAAGUACACUGUACGCCUCAUGGCCAAGAAUCUACUUGAUAAUGCUAGCUUUUUUGAAGAUGUAAUCCAGACACAAGUCAAAGGUGAGUCGAAAGGACAUAAAGGCGCUUCAAUACAGGGCUGGAUCAUCGGGACCAUGUGUGCUUUGGCCAUGCUUGUCCUUGCUGCACUCAGUGUUUACUUUUUAUUGAAGAAAAAAGCUGGAAAAUAUGCAGUGAAAGCGAAGGAGGAGCCCCAAUCUGACAUGGAGUCACAAGGAAUGAUGGAUGAAUACAGAGAUAAAAAGCUGGAGAUGGACAAGAUCCUCCUUACUAUGGAUGAUUCCCUUGAAGAUGAAGUUAGCAGAGACAGCCUUUUCAACUGCACAGACGAAGACGCAGAAUUCAACGAGGAUGGCUCUUUUAUUGGAGAAUAUUCUGAUCCCAACCGCUGCAAAAAAUCAGAAUCUGAUGAAUCGUGAUUUCAAUGUCACAUUAGAAAUGUUUUAUUUGCCUCUUUGAUAUGUAUACAUGUUUUGAGAGACAAAAAUGUGAAAUAGGAUUUUAAUUUGGAAAAAUUCUUUUAAACUGGAAAAUGUCUUUUUUUUUUUUUUUACAAGAACACAUCUUUAGAUAGGCAUUUGGGUCAGUGUAUAUAUUGUAAAAAAAUGUAAUUGUAAUAAAUGUUAUGAUCUUUUAUAUUGAAACACACUUUAAUACUAUUUUUUACAAACUUUUGCACAAUGAAUCAAAUGUCAUUUCCAUCAUGACGUGCACUGUAGGAUGUUUUUAUUUCACUGUCCAGAGGAAUUUGCCUGUGUUUUGCCUUUUGGUCUGUUUUUUUUGUGUCGGCAGAAGUUUUGAGUUUUUUUCAUUUAAGUUUGACCUACAUUUGGAUGGGAUUUUAUCUCUAUAAAGAUAUAAAAGUUUUUUGUUUAACUUGAUUUAUCUUUUAUUAAAAAAAAAAGAGAAACAAACUUGAAAACAAAACUGUCACAUGGAUUCCAAUAAAGAUUUUUAGCAGAAAUAAAUAUCUGUUGCUAGGAAGGGAAUUCGACAUUUAAGGUUUAUCAUGAAAUCUCAAACUUCCAAAAUACAACUGAAACAGAACAUAUUGGAUUGCUGAAUAAAGAAUAUUUUUUGUUUGUGUUUGUUUAUGCACAUUUGUUCAACAGAUUGAGGUCACAUAAUUCUAAGUGUCUUUUUUUUGUUCUUUUCUAAGUGUGUACUAAGGUUGAUUUGUUAUUUUAAUCUUUAAUUUUUUUGAUCAUUUUAAACGAGUUCUCUAAACAAACAUGAUGUGUUGUGGAUAUAAAAUUAUUCUUAAUGGAUAGCAAAAUAAAAUAAAAUCCUUGGUUAAAUUAAA